AAGACAAAGAAAAGAUCAAAACUUUUCAGAGAUUAGAUUGUAGUAAAGGAGGAGAAAGCAACAGCUAGCUAGAUAGCAUACCAUGACUCCACUACACUACAACAAUUCUCUCUAACACAGACACAGUUACUGUCGCACACACUAGCCCGCAGAUUUCACACAUCUACCACCUUCUCACUAAAUAACCACUUCUAAAACCAAAACCAAUGCACAAGUAUUGAACUUGUUCUUUCUCAAACAUCAUGUGCACAAUGUUCUUAACCAUACUCAGUAUUCUCUUGUUUUCAUCACGUGCUUGUGCUUCUUCUUACCACCGUCGUAUCCUCCACCAACCGCUCUAUCCUUCUAUCUCUCUUCCACCUACACAACCACCUUCCUCUUCACCUCAAACCCAACCCAAACCACAACAACAACAACCUAAGCUUCCAUUUUCUUCCAUUUCUUCUUCUUCUUCUUCUUCUCCUCCACUAAAGCCUUUCUUCCCUACUUUCCAAUCUCCACCACUCCCUCCUUCUCCAACUUUCCUCGCCACUUUUCCUGCUAACAUCUCCUCCUUACUCCUCCCACAGCCUCAUCCCCAAACCCACACCCACCGCACCGCUGCUGCCGUCGUUAUCUCCCUCUGUCUUUUCUCUAUCACCAUCCUCACCGUAUCUGCUAUCUUCGCCUUCUACCGUCGCCAUCUCAACCACACUUCUUCCUUCACCACCGCAAACGACGACAAUGCUUCCAGGUCUGACAGUCUCCGUUUAUUCCCGCCGAACACCGCCUCUUCAGACGCCGUCGACGGGAAGCCUCACGAUAAACCAACCUCCGGGUCUGAGAUAUUCCACCUCGGUACAGUAGCAAGCUCAUACGACACAACCGUUACAGCAGAAUCAACCUCAGGCAAUGACGGUUUCUCGCCGCCGUACUGGCAACUCACAGACUCCCCGGAGCUUCAUCCCUUACCUCGUCUACCACGUUACAAUGUCACAACAUGGACGAGUGAACUGAACAAAGAAAAAGAAGAAGACAAAAAAACAGAAGAUGAAGAAGAAGAAGAGUUUUAUUCUCCGAAAGAUUCUCCUUCUGGAAACAAACAACAGAGUCCUUCUCCUUCUUCUUCUUCACCGGUCGUUGCAGUUGCUGUUACUGCAACAAGCUCUCGUUCAUUCAACGUUUUCCAUUUUGAUAAAUUUGGUAGCAGAAGCUUCACUUCAAGAACACCUUCUUACCCCCUUUCUUACUCACUUUCUCGUUCUCCUUCUCUCAAUCUUAGUCCAAUCCAUAGCGUGAAAUCUUUACCUCCUCACAACCCUGCAUCCCCUUCUUUUUCUUCUUCCUCUUCGUCUCCAAUCCGGUUUGAAGAUUUUCGUUCAAAUUGGGAUGGUAUGAAUUCUCAGGCAACCAAACUGUCUCGUCCUGCUCCGCCGCCUAUGCCGCCGAGGUUUUGGGAGACUCCGGUGGUGGCUUCUCAAAAUGAUAAUGAGGAAACUCGAAAGCCAAAGUUGAAGGCUUUACAUUGGGAUAAAGUUAAGGCAAGCUCAGAUAGGGCCAUGGUUUGGGAUCAGUUGAGACCAAGCUCUUUUCAGUUGAAUGAGGACAUGAUUGAGACACUCUUUAUGAUAAAUAAUUCCAAUGAAAAUUCUGCUUUGGCUUCUAAAGAUAAAGCGCGAAAUCAAAUAUUCCAUUCUUCUCCUAUGCCACCGGAGAAUCGGGUGCUUGAUCCUAAGAAGUCUCAGAAUAUCGCCAUUUUGCUUCGGGCACUGAAUGUGACUAUUGAUGAAGUUUGUGAAGCCCUCAGGGAAGGAAAUUGUGAUACAUUGGGAACAGAACUUCUAGAAAGCUUAUUAAAGAUGGCUCCAACCAAAGAGGAAGAAGCUAAGUUGAAGGAGUUUAAAGAUGAUUCACCCUUCAAGCUAGGCCCUGCUGAGAAAUUUCUUAAAGUCAUGCUUGAUAUACCUUUUGCAUUCAACAGAGUCGACGCGAUGCUCUACAUUGCUAAUUUUGAUUCAGAAUUAGAAUACCUUAAGAAAUCCUUUCAUACUCUAGAGGUGGCUUGUGAUGAAUUGAAGAAUAGCAGAAUGUUUAUGAAGAUACUUGAGGCGGUUCUGAGAACUGGAAAUCGAAUGAAUGUUGGCACUGAUCGUGGUGACGCACAAGCAUUCAAACUGGACACGCUUUUGAAGUUAGUUGAUAUUAAGGGAACUGAUAAAAAGACUACUCUUUUACAUUUUGUUGUACACGAGAUUGUCAGAACCGAGGGUUCUCAUGCCGACUCUGUCAACAACCUUCAAUAUACACUUCAAGACGAGGUUGACUCCAGGAAGCUUGGACUGCAAGUUGUGUCGGGUUUGAGCGGGGAGCUCGCCAACGUUAAAAAGGCUGCUGUUAUGGAUUCAGACACGCUGAGUAGUGAUGUUGCUAAACUCGCCAACGGAAUUGAAAAGGUUGCGCGGGUUGUAAAAUUGAAUGAAGAGUCACCUUUGAAAGAAACUAACCAAAAAUUUUCUGAGGCAGUGAAAGGCUUCUUGGAGAGGGGGGAAGCUGAGAUUUCAAGAAUCACGGCACAAGAGAAAAAUGCUCUCGCUUUAGUGAAGGAGAUAACUGAGUAUUUCCACGGUAAUUCGGAAAAGGAAGAAGCUCAUCCGUUUAGGAUAUUUACGGUUGUAAAAGAUUUCCUCUCUAUACUAGACAGUGUGUGCAGGCAAGUUGGGAAAGCAAAUGAGAGGACUUUGGUCGGUUCACAUCAAUAUGUAAUGCCUGCAAUCUCUACACUGCCACCAAUUUUCCCUGAGUUUAGUGCUAUGCAGCCAUCCGAUUCCUCAGAAUCUGAUUAGCCUCCCACAAAAUCCAUUCUGGUUGGACAUUGUGAGUUAGUUUUAACAUGCUUAAUCAUUGAAAGGUUGGAUCUUAUCAUCCUUUUGAUGAUAAUGAGUAGCUCGUGCUAUCUUAGCACAUGUCUUUGUAACUAAAGAGUUCUGUACAUGUUUUUUCUAUUAUAUAACAAGUUUAUUAGUACCUCUUUAUCUGUCA